AUGGCGAACUUUCUCGCUGAUCCUGCAAUCGUCAAGGCAGCGGAAGCCCAGGAAUACCGUUCGAUCAUAGAUUCCUCCAUCGGUCAACCACAUAUCAACCGUACCGACAUCUUACGAUCAAUACCCCGGCCAACGAUACCCUCAUGUGCCCCCUUAGCCACAUUGUCAGCUCUUAUCGAUGCAAUUCCAGAUUGGCCAGUAUUGGAGUUGCAACYCAUGCACACAAAGCUGUGGAAGUUGCUUCCAGAGGAUGCGAAAGCUGGACGCGCUGGUCCGGAAGUGCUCAACCUCUUGCAGCGUGUUGAUCAGCAGUGCAAGACCUCAUAUUCUUCCUUGAUCGACCUUUACAACCCAGCGUCCACGGCAGCAGCCAUCAUUGAUCCCGAGUCUGGGAAAUCAAUACGCCACAAUGAUCUUGCGUCAACGAUACGCAGUUUCCAGCUUCCCCUCGGCUUGUCCUCGCCGGGCCAACCCAAACCAGUCGUGGCAAUAUCACUACCGAACGGCCCAUUGCUGGCCAUGACUGUACUGGCCACAGCCACAUACUACACUGCGGCACCGAUCGCUCACGGGAGCGGAGUUGGUGCUCAGCAAUUCCAAGCUGAUGUCCUGCAGUCCAAGACAAACUUGGUUCUGGCUGCGGCAGCAGACGUCCAAAGGUUAGGCUUGCGGGAUUCCUGGCUAUCACAAGCAGGGAUCCAAGUAUUGCUGGUUGACCUCGCACAAGACCUAACACUCACAGUCCGUACUGUGGAUGGUAGAGAACUCGAGCGUCCCUCCGGAUCAGCUACGCCCACACCCAAUACUGCCGAAGAAACCGGCAUCUUACUUUUCACAUCUGGAACUUCGGGCACGAAGAAGUUGGUACCGUUAAGCAUUCACUCCAUGGUCUGCGGUGUCUCAAUGGUCGUUGAAUCAUGGGGCUUGUCUCCAGAAAUGCGAUGCUUGAAUCAAAUGCCGUUGAACCACGUGGGCGGGCUCAUCCGCAACCUCUUCGCUCCAGUAUUUUCAGGUGGCUCCGUUAUAUGCUGCAGCGCAUUCGACGCAAAUCUCUUCUGGGACUGCGUGGAAGAUUACGCACCUACCUGGUACUAUGCCUCACCAAGCAUGCACCAAGUCAUCCUCGAAGCAGGAUCAGAUCGACCUGAAAGCGUGGCCAAGAGCAACAUCAGACUCAUCUGCAAUGCAGCUGGUGGCUUACUUCCAAGCUUAGCCAUACAGCUUAGAGACACAUUCUCAACAAGAACAGUCAAUUGCACAGUGUUGCCUUCAUACGGCAUGACCGAAUGCAUGCCCAUCUCCACACCACCGCUUGACUAUCGACUGCAAAAGACGGGCACAUCAGGGGUCAGCGUCGGGCCUGAAAUUGCGAUACUGAACGGCCGAGAUGAGCGAGAACGUGUCAAUGAGGUCGGACGGAUUGCCGUGCGCGGAUCUCCAGUGUUCGGUGGAUACCUCAAGGACAAUAAUGUGGUGGAUAAGUCCUGCUUCACUUCAGACGGCUGGUUCGAUACCGGAGACAUGGGAUAUCUCGACCAAGACGGCUACCUCUACAUCACCGGUAGAAGUAAGGAGGUCAUCRACCGUGGCGGAGAAUUGAUCAGUCCUUUCGAAGUCGAAGAAGCCGUCAUCGCUGCAGCUUCCAGACCAGGAAGCCUCAUCUACGGCAGAAUCAGCAAGGCACUGGCAUUCUCCGUUACUCACGACGUUUUGCAAGAAGUAGUUGGUCUCGCGAUUGCCAUGCCAGAGGGUGCCCAACGUCCGUGUCUUCGAGGGAUCCAAGAAGCUGUCAAGUCGUCCCUUAGUCAAGUGAAGAGUCCAGUCCUAUUGGUGUACAUGGAGGGCGGCGUCCCCACGAACAACAACAAAGUGCUUCGCAUCAAGCUGGCCGACCGACUAGAUCUUCCAGAGAUCUCGGACCAAACCUCACCUGCUGGCAGAUACUUUGAAGCAAAUUGUCCACCACCGAACACGCCACUCAGCACAUCAAUCGAAUGCAGAGAGCUACUUGUGUCACACGAUUCCUUGCGAACUGCUUGCGAGUUCGUCGUUCCGACAGCUCUCGACUUUCACAUCAAAGAGACGGACUUCUACCCAGAGCUCUUUCUUGCCCCAAAGGAAGAUCAAUCGUCGUUUGAUGAGUUCACGGCUGACGACUUGAUCGAAGGGCUCACUCCCCAUCUUCCUGGCUACAACAUCCCGAUGAAAAUCACUCGUCUCGAGGAGCCUUUCCCGCGGAAUGAUUUGGGACAAGUGGACGCGAGUCGGAUCGCGGACAAGUCGAAUGAUCGUUCUGAGUCUUCCACCCUCUGUGGCGACCUAUCCCCGACAGAGACAGUUGUUGCCAAGGUCUUCGCCAAGGUUCUCUCCCUCAAUGCGGGCGAUAUCAGCAGCUCAUCCGACUUCUUCGAGGUUGGUGGGGACUCCAUGGGAGCCGGGCGCCUUCUCAAUGCUCUAAGAAAAGAGUAUCCGCUCCGCCUCCCAAUCAGCGUUCUGUUCACAAACCCCAAGGUCUCACAGCUGGCAAGUCUCAUUGACGAGAAGCUCGGAGCCCUCAAGCCGGAAGAAAAGGCACKCUCGGCAGAACCAGUGUUGGGAAAAUUCUUGCCCGGCUGCGAAGAGACCUACAGCUCCACGAACCCGUUCCUGAUGAUCCUUCAGCUUGUCCCCAUCGUGCUGGUGUACCCCAUGAAGCGUGCCCUGGCUUGGACAGUCUUCAUGUACAUGCUCACGCAGACUCAGAAUUGGCCCACCAACUUGAGCGUACCCGGGCGACUGUUCGACCUGGUUCUCUCCAUUGCCAUCGGUGGUAUCGCCACACGAACUGUAUCUCCACUGGUCGCCAUUGCUGUCAAAUGGCUCAUCAUCGGUCGAUACAAGGAAGGCUUAUACCCCAUGUGGGGAAAUUACCAUACCAAGUGGUGGUUUGUCCAGAAAGUUUGUGCUACCGCUGGGAUGGGCACGUUCAACCUCUUCAACUGGACUCGAGUUCUCUACCUCAGACUGCUUGGAGUCAAGAUCGGUGCGAAUGUUACCAUAGCGAAAGGCGUGACGACCGGCGAGUGGGACCUGUUGACCAUCGAAGACGGCGCAGUAAUCGAGCGUUCCAUCGUCCGUCCUUUCGGAGCAGAGCGCAACACAUCAAUGUAUCUUGGGCGCAUUGUCAUCGGGGCCAACGCCUCGAUUGGUUUGGCUUCUAUCGUUGCUCCCGGCACCACCGUCCCGGCAAACACGUGCAUUGGUCCAAAUUCCUCCAGUUGGGAGGCAGCCGAUUCUGAGGAAGCCAACCGGGAUCUAGCAGCGAGCAAGAUUCCAGCCUCUCACUGGCUUCUCAACUUCGUACUUGGCCUGCCUUUGACGAUGAUCUCGAGAUUCAUAGGCGCCAUCCCAUGGCUCGGAUGUCUUGUUGCUCUCGUGAUCCACGAGCCAGCGGAUGUACCAGACAUGCUUCGUGAGGUCAUCAUCUGGUUUGCAUCUGAGAACCGGGUCGUGUUCCAUUAUGUUGCGCUUGCCGCCAACCUUUCCCUUGGCCCAAUUUUUUUCUUCCUGGCCGUGCUGCUCGUCAAGAAGAUUUUUGACCUGUUCACAGGCAAGAUCAAGCCAAGUUCAGCCGAGGGUCGCUCUCAGAUGAUGAGAUUCAAGAUGCAGUGGCUUCGUGACACGAUGCCGGCGCAUCAAUUUCACAAGGUCACCGAGCUGUUUGGCACUCACUACGCCACCACUUCGGUCCUGGCUCGUGCCAUGGGUGCCAAAGUUGGCCAGCGAGUGUACUGGCCUGGAACUGGCCCUUCGAUACAAGACUUUGACCUUCUGGACAUCGGCGACGAUGUUGUCUUCGGCUCUCGCUCGCACAUGGUAACAUCAGACGGUACUGGCAGUGAUUACGUCCGCGUAAAGUCCGGAGCAAUGGUCGCCGAUCGGGUGGUCCUCCUUCCCGGAGUGGAGCUUGGUGAGAAGACAGUCAUGGGCAGCGGAGCGUUGACCAAACGAAGCACCGGCUAUGCUGCUGGUACCACCUGGGUGGGAAGCAAGAAGAACGAGGCUGUGUGCCUCUCUGCCGAUGUGCCUGACACGUAUGGCGAGAAGGUAACCGGGGACAUUAAGAACCCGUUCUCCAACAUGUCCUCCAUGAACUCCACCACUACAAGCUUUGCCAAGCAUCUCGACUCGGAAGCGUCCAGCUUGAACGGCGGCAAAGAAGGCGUCGUAGUAUCCCAAGUGCCGUUGGGACCGUCAAGUGAGCCGGAAUCGUCCUCGCCUUUCGGUCGCGCAUUCUACGAAGGCAAGGUCUCUUACCGCGUAUGGGGACAGUUUGAGAUAUUCUUCUACUCGACCCUUAUCGCCGUUCUCAGCGGGCUGUUCUGGAAUGUUGGCAGCGUAUCAGCUGUCCAAAUCGUCGCUCGACUCUACCGCGACCACCAUGCGCUUACCCAAGCCUUUUUAUCAGACGUGUGGUACCGGCCACUAUCGCUGUACAUCUUCUUCACCGCACUCAUCGUUGGCAUCAUGGCACUUCAGACUAUUGCCGUCCUGGUGGCGACUGUUGCCAUGAAGUGGAUCCUAAUGGGCCGUCGCCAAGCUGGCAAUUAUGAUUGGGACAAAUCGCCUUACUGCCAACGCUGGCAACUUUUCCUCAAGUUCGAGACCUUUCGCCGCCAUUGCUAUGGCGGAAACGGUAUCCUCGGCAUGCUGAYAGGAACCCACUGGCUGGUCCUGUACUUCCGCGCUCUCGGUGCCAACAUCGGAAAAGAUUGCGCGCUGUUCGCAGGCGGUGCACCCUCGCUCAUGUUCACGGAGCCGGAUCUCUUGACCUUGGGUGACCGUGUGGCUGUUGAUGAUGCGUCGCUGGUCGCGCACAUCAACACCAGAGGCAAGUUUGAUCUCAACCCUCUGUUCGUAGGAUCGCGCAGCGUACUGCGAAGUGGGUCAAGACUGCUUUCCAGCGCGACAAUGGAGGAGGACACGUGUUUGCUGGAGCACACCCUCGUGAUGGCAGGAGAUGUCGUUGAUAAGGGCACCACAAGCCAGGGAUGGCCUGCUGAGGAAUUCACUUCCAGCAGAAUGCCGACUUUGGAAGUUAAGAGGUCAUGGGCUGCGAAGAGAUGA